AUGCUGGCUGGCUACAACCUGCUGCCGCCCCCCCUGAGCCUCCUGGCGCCCUCGGUCCCACCAGCCUGCGCCGUGCCCCCGGGGCUGCUGCCCGGCACCGGGCUCUGCCCCCCCUGCUGCCGGCAGCCCCUGCCCGUGGAGCCAGAGCGCGUGAAGGCAGCCACGGCGCGGGAGAGCACCGGGGCGCUGAAGGCCUGGCUGGCCCAGCACCCCAGGAACCCCUACCCCAGCAAGGGCGAGAAGGUGAUGCUGGCCAUGGUCAGCCGGAUGAGCCUCACGCAGGUCUCCACCUGGUUCGCCAACGCCCGGCGGCGCCUCAAGAAGGAGAACAAGGCGGGCUGGGCAGCGCGCGGCACCUCCGACGGCGAGGACAGCGAGGGCGAGGGGGCUCCGAGAGGGACCCCCCCUGGCUCCAGCCCCGUGCAGGAUGGAUGUGGCAGCAGCCCCACUGCGGGGCCAGGCCCUGGGCAGGGCGAGCGGCUGCAGAAACCCAAGAUCUGGAGCGUGGCGGCAAUGGUGGCGUCUGGCCCCGGAGAGAGCGGGGGAACUGCAGCACUGCCAGGGCAGGAGUAGGGGGGGGGGGGCUCGGUCCCUCCUGCCCCCAGGGUCAGGCUGCACCAGGGUGUGCAGUGCCAUGUGCAUGCAGCUCGGACCCUGCCCCUGCUGCCCCAGCCCCUCUGCCCCUCACAGCCCCCCUGUGCUGCCCGAAGCCGGCCCCUCCUGCACCCCAGCCCCUGGGGGAGGAAGAGCCAUGGCACCUCCCAGCACUUCAGUGCCUUGCUCCCCAGUCCCAGGUGUCCUGGGACCACCGAGGGGCUGGGCUCAGGUGGGGGCUGUGGGGAGCGGGUGCACGGUGCUACGUUACAGGGCACACAGAGCCACCGUGCACAAGGGCUG